CGCGCUCUCUCCUAUGCGACAAACGUAACGCAUCAUCAGCCCGCCCCACCUUCAGACCACGCCCACCUCUACACCUACCCCUCUGCGCGCUCCCAACCCGGCCCCCAGACCAUGGCUGCCAACGGCGAUGCGGCCCAGCAGGCCUUUGGACCUGUGCUUGCAGCGCUUGCUACGAUGCAGAGCAAUGUAGACCGCGCGCAGAAGGGACAAGCACACGAGUUCUUGGAGCAGUUCCAGAAGUCGGCCGAGGCAUGGAAUACAAACUUCUCCAUAUUGCAGGCCGCCGAUGCCGCCGUGGAAGCAAAGCUGUUCGCCGCGACCACGCUCAAGGGCAAAAUCGUAUAUGACCUGCACCAGCUGCCCCGCGAAGCUUUGCCGCCUCUUAGGGAUACCCUGCUCGGCGUGCUCGCUGCCUUCCGAGCCGGCCCCAAGCCCAUACGGAUGCAGCUGUGCGUUUGCCUUGCGAACCUGGCCAUACAGAUGACCGAGUGGAAGGACGUUCUGCAGGUCAUUGUCGCAACGCUCGGAAACGACCCGGAGAGCAUCCCGUGCGUCCUGGACUUCCUGCGCGUUCUUCCGGAAGAAGUCACGGAAGGACGCAAGAUCAAUCUUACAGAAGAUGAGUUGAUUGAGAGGACAAAGGAACUGCUGGAGGACAAUGCGCAACAAGUUCUUGCAUUGCUGGGCCAGUACUCCAGAUCUUCCGAAUCUGCCGCGAAAAACCCUCAGCUCAUGGACUGCAUCAACGCCUGGACGCGUGAGGUGCCUCUCAAUGAUAUAGUCAACUCGCCACUUCUGGACACGAUCCUCAAUGGACUUUCCGCCGAUGAGUCUUUUGAAUCAGCGGUGGAAUGCAUUUGCGCAGUCAUCAGAGAAACGAGGGACGUGGAUGAGACGAUCAACGUCAUCCAGACGCUUUACCCCAGGAUUAUCGCAUUGCGCCCGAAGAUCGAGCAAUCCGCCGAGGAGGAAGACACCGAAGUCUUCAAGGGCAUUUCCAGGGUAUUUGCCGAGGCCGGAGAGGCUUGGGUUGUGCUCAUCUCCAGAAUGCCCGAGCAAUUCCGGGAUUUGGUGGAAUCAGUCCUCGAGAGCGCUGCGCGCGACAAGGAACGGGAUGCCAUUUCGUUCACCUUCAACUUCUGGUACGAGCUUAAGCAGUACCUUACUUUGGAUAGGUACAUGCAGGCCCGCCUGCAGUACGUGGAUGUCUAUUCGAAGCUUGUGGACAUCAUGAUCGGCCACCUUGAAUACCCUAAGCCGGAAUCCGGGGACGAGAAGGAUCUAUUCGAGGGCGAUCGCGAACAGGAGGAGAAGUUCCGUGAGUUCAGGCAUCAAAUGGGCGAUGUCUUGAAAGACUGUUGCGAGGUGAUUGGUGUCACGGAAUGCCUGCAAAAGUCGUACAAUCUCAUCGAGCAAUGGGUCAGUACUUACGGACCUCAGGCAUCAGCUAACAACGUUCCCGAAUGGCAAAAGUUGGAGGCGCCUUUGUUCAGUAUGAGGGCAAUGGGACGAAUGGUGUCACCGGAAGAGAACAUCAUGCUGCCCCGCCUGAUGCCAUUGAUCGUCAAGAUCCCCGACCAAGAGAAGGUCCGUUUCCAGGCCGUCAUGGCACUUGGUCGCUACACUCCUUGGACGGCGGAACACCCGGAGACGCUGCAACCGCAGCUGGACUACAUCAUGGCAGCUUUCAACCACUCGUCGAGGGAGGUUGUUCGCGCUGCUGCUUUGUCAUUCAAGUUCUUCUGCAACGACUGCGCCAACCUGCUCAAGGAUUAUAUCCCUCAACUUCAACAGUUCUACGCCAGUGUUCUGGAUCGCCUACCGCCCAGCAGUCAAGAAGAGAUUACUGACGGUGUCGCAUCUGUGCUAUCGGUACAACCUGCUGAGAACGCUUAUGAACAUCUCAAGCUUUACUGCACCCCUGUCAUGAAUACCCUCAUGCAGAUGGCGCAGAACGCCACUGAUGACCCGGCGAAGCUCGCAUUAGCAGACAAACUUCAGCUCAUCACCAUUUUUAUCCAAUGGGUUCAACCUUACGUUGGUCCUGGGCAACCCCAUCCCGCAGUCAAGUACUGUGAAGAGGUGUUCCCAGUCCUGGCGGCGAUUGCUGAGAGCUUCCACGAUUGCACUCCGAUUCUUGAGCGCGUCUGUCGCUGCUGGCGAUACAUGGUGCUCUCGUACCGCACUGCUAUGGCGCCUUUACUGCCUCAGCUUGCGGACAAGCUUGCUGCUGGCUUCACCGUGUCCAGGCAAGGUUGUUUCCUGUGGGCCACCGACGCCAUUGUCAGAGAAUUCGCACCUGGAGUUGAAGGUGUCGAUGCUCAGAUGACGACCGCAGUCUACAGUUUUUACGAGGCACAGGCCACGGCUUUCCUUAGGGCUCUUAGCGAGCUGUCUCCAGAGCAGCUUCCCGACGUGAUCGAGGAUUUCUUCCGUUUGUCCCUUGAUAUUCUCAUGUUCUACCCUCACCAAGCGAUUCUCUCGCCGCUGAUGACACCUAUUCUUUCUGCGGCCACCACCGCCCUUACCCUUCUCAAGGAAGAGCCCCUCAUCGCGUCCCUCCACUUCCUUCGGGACUUCCUCUCUUACGGCGGCGAAUCGUCACCCACCUCCGAGUAUGAUAACCCCAACGCGACCAACCCCCCGGAAAUCCAAGCUGCUGUCAAGCAGUUGAUCAUUGCGCGCGGCGAGGAGCUCACUCAGCGCAUCAUGACCGGCAUGAUGUACACGUUCCCCCGCGACUGCUUCCCGGACGCAUCUGGCGUGCUGCUCGAGAUGUUUGCCCUCAUGGCGCCGCAAGUAGCGAUGUGGAUCAAGACGACGGUUGGCAUGCUCCCAGCCGGUAGCAUCAGCCCGCAGGAGGCAGAGCGGCUCCUCAACAACAUCAACCAGCGCAUCGCGAGCAACGAGAUCCGCAAGAUUAGGACCCUGCUGCAGGACUUUACCAACUCGUACCGGCGGCGCAACGUGGCCCCGCGCGAGGGCCUGGGCCGCCUCGAGGCGUCGCGGUUCCGCUUCAAUGGCUGAGGCGGCGUCGGAGAUGGCCGGCCAGCGGCGGCGGUGGGUUGAGAAAAGUGAUGACGCCAGCCAGCCCAGCCAGCCAGCUAGCCAGGCAGCCAGGCAGAUAGGUCAGACAGUCAGUAGUAGUAGUAGCGAUUAGCAGCCGCAGCUUGCAUGCAUGGAAACGGAGUAGUGUUGGUGUUGGGGGUAGGGGUUCAAGGUGUCGAUUGGACGGACGGGAUGGCG